AUGGCAAACAUCAGUAUUUCAGUCAUCCUUGAUAAAAAAGCUAAAUCACAAAAACUUAAUAAUAAUAGACCAGAAUAUGACAUAAAAUAUGUCAACUCAUAUAUUCUAAAUUAUUAUGAUAUUAAUGAUUAUCAACAAUUCUUUGAAAAACUCUUUGAGACUGAAAGACAAUAUGAUAUUUUAUCAGUUAUUCAGCCUAAUGAAACUCUACAGCAAUGGGCAUUCAGAGUUCGAAUUUCUUUACAAAAGCUAGUUUCUAAGAGAAAGAGAAGUGUUUACCAUGUAUAUGCUUUAUUUUUAGUAUUUGGUAAAG